UCCUCUCAUUUUUUUUCUCUCCUCCACCUUGUUCUUCUCAGUCUUCAUUUCAGCCCUGAAUUUUCUCUCCAAUCGGAUCUCGAUCCCGACACGGAUCCGAAUCGUUGACCCGAACAACCCGACCUCGCUGAUGGUGAUAAGAAAUUAAAAAGAGAGAGAGAGAGAGAUAAAGAGGAGUGAGUCUUGGGAUGGGCGAGGAGGUGAGGAUGAGCCAGUACGAGGGAGGCGACGAGGAGAGAGUCUCCGAGUGGGAGUCCGGGCUUCCGACGGCGGAUGAUUUGACUCCGCUCUCUCAGCCUUUGAUUCCGGCGGAGCUGGCCUCGGCGUUCAGCAUCUCGCCGGAGCCGUGCCGGACGGCGGUGGACGUCAACCGCGCGUCGCAGAAGACGGUGUCGACGCUGCGCGGGUCCAACUCGCAGGCGUACUCGUCCAACUACAAGUCGUUCGAUGAGAACAACAACAACCGGAGCGACGAGCCGAUGGUGGUGGAGGUGGAGGACACGGAGGAGCCGUACGGCGGCGGGGAGGGAUCCGAUUCGAGGAAGUCGAGGAAGGUGGACAGCCCCGAGGAGGCGGACUCGGCGCUCCGGAUCGAGAAUUCCUCCGGCGGCGGCGGAGAGGACCCGUCGGGGAGGGCGGUGAAGCGGCCUCGGCUGGUGUGGACGCCGCAGCUGCACAAGCGGUUCGUGGAGGUGGUGGCCCACCUGGGGAUCAAGAACGCGGUUCCCAAGACGAUUAUGCAGCUGAUGAACGUGGAAGGAUUGACUCGAGAGAAUGUGGCCAGUCACUUGCAGAAGUACCGCCUCUACUUGAAGAGGAUGCAGGGCCUUUCCAACGAGGGGCCCUCCUCGUCCGACCCGCUCUUCGCCUCCACUCCGGUGCCGCAGAGCCUGCACGAGUCGUCCGGCGGCGGGUCGGCUCAGGGUCAUGCGCAUGGAAAUGGACACAUGCCCAUUUCGAUCCCCAUGCCCUACCCGCCACCGGGUGCCAUGAUGGCUAUGCCGAGUUACAUGGGCAUGCCCGGUGGGUACCAUGGGUUCGAGUCGCACCCUUCGUAUAAUAUGAUGCAGCAGCACAAGUAUGGUGGCAUGGUGCCGUACCCACCCCAUGUCGCUCCUAAUGAGAAAUGAAGCAGUCUUGCACAUUAUAUUCAGAUUCAGAAGCUUGAACAAGUUGGCUGGAGCUAACUCGUGGAACUCAACCUGUAAGCUUGCCUGCUUGCUUAACUUGAACCUGACGAGCAAGGGAAGGCUUCUUAGGAAUUAUAUGGAGAGCUUUUAAUCUUACAUUCCCAAUAUCUUCUGGGGGCUUGUAUGAAUCCGGGAAUGUAACACAACUUCCCUCUUUAGUCGUAUAUAUCUACCACCCACUUACAUAACUGGGGAGAUCCUACAUGGUUGGCAGAGAUGCAUUCAGUAAAUUCUUAACUUGUUACUAGUCUACAUAUGUUGUUCUUGUAUCAUUGAGGUAUUAGACCUUUUUGUUUCCUGAAUCAAAGGAAACACAAUAAAAGUAGAAGAAGUUCAGUUGGCUGCCCCUCUCCCUCCAUGCCGUGUUGAAUGUUUUUAUCACCUGCUGCUUCGUUAGUUAUAUUUAUAGAACUAUGAACAUUUCGUUAUUAUCACUAAAUUUUG